ACGUCUCUCUUCUCUCUCUCUCUCUCUCUCUCUCUCUCUCUCCCUCCCUCCCUCUCUCCCUAGUUACGAAAAAUCUCAGCUUUUUUGUCGUCGCCGUCCUCUCAGUUCCAGUGGAAGAACCGAAACCCUAGUUCCUUGAAUCUUCGAUGAGAAAGAAUCCCAACUUUCUUUGUUUCUGGAUCGGAUCCUCUAUAACCCUAAUCGCCUGGAUUUCAGCUGGAAACUAUCCCGGUUUCCACCUCCUUCUACUGUUUCUCCGUUAUACUUGAGGUGUUAUUCUUCGACUUGGAAUCCAAGAAUUUCCAUCCAUAAACCUCAAAAGCUCGCUUUUUUCUUUUAUAUAUAUAUAUACCUGAUUCCAGUCUAAAUUAAACCAUAUGAUAAUCUUCUCAGCUCCUAUUCGCGUAUAGAAUUAUACUCUGAGGACCAGAAUUCGAUCAAGCCUUCAUUCGUUUUCUCUCGAGACAGGCUCGGAAACCCUAGACUUUGAUCAGGGGAUUGAUAAAUAGAUUCGAAUUUAGCAUAAAGUUUGGAUCUUGAUCGAUGGCGGAUUCGGACAACGAGUCGGGAGGGCAGAACAACAGCAAUGCGGCGGGGAACAGCGAGUUCUCGUCGCCCAGGGAGCAGGAUCGCUUCCUGCCGAUCGCGAACGUGAGCCGGAUCAUGAAGAAGGCCCUCCCGGCGAACGCCAAGAUCUCCAAGGACGCCAAGGAGACGGUCCAGGAGUGCGUCUCCGAGUUCAUCAGCUUCAUCACCGGCGAGGCCUCCGACAAGUGCCAGCGGGAGAAGCGCAAGACCAUCAACGGCGACGACCUCCUCUGGGCCAUGACCACCCUCGGCUUCGAGGAGUACGUCGAACCCCUCAAGGUCUACCUCCACAAGUUCCGGGAGAUGGAAGGCGAGAAGGGCAGCACCUCGUCGUCCCAAUCCCAGCACAAGGAAGGAGGUAGCGGCGGCGCUAUCGGUAACAGCGGCGGCGGCGGUGUCGGAAUGUAUGGUGGUGGUGGUGGUGGAGGGAUGAUGAUGAUGGGGCAGCAGAUGUAUGGCUCGCCGCCGUCGUAUCACCAUCAGAUGCCAUUGGGUGGGAAAGGCAGUAUGGGGAGUGGUGGUGGUGGGAGUUCUACCUCUUCUUCAGCUGGGCUUGGAAGGCACGGCAGGGUAUGAUGUCCACUGUGCUGGUAUAGUUCAUGUUAGUGCUUUUGUUGUCUUAGUAUUGCUUGGAUUUUUGUUACUUGUCACAGUUUGGGUUCUCUAAGUCAGAGUUACACUUAGGUGAUUUUCUCACAGAAACAUUGGAAUGAGAUGUGUAACAUAGUGUAGUCCUUUGGAUGAUGGGGUUGGUCUGAUCUCUGAAUUCUCUGAAUGGGGAGUGAAAGGGGAUAUAUUGUAUAAUACUGCGAAUUUAUGAUGAUGAAUGGAACUUACUUCUGUUGCCAAA